AGCUUGCUAUAUUUCAAAAAAAAAAAAAGCACCAGACUUCAUAACAAAUGUCAAAUACUUUACGACCAUAUUACGAUCGUGAUACGUUUGAUGCCGGGUACUCGGUUUUCUUCAAACCUGGUGUUGGUUUGAUAGAUACUGAUACAAAUAAGCCAAUAACUGCUUCCUUAGCGUCUUCUUUAGCGAAACAAACAGCAAAGAGAUCUUUUAAAGCUGUCAAUGGGAUAGGGAUAUCAGGGUUUAAUGGAGCAAAUGCUUCCAAUGCCUCAGAUAAAAACUAUGUAUAUGAUCUUGAACUAAAUGAAUACUUUGAUUUCAAUAAUGUUACUGAACUUUUAAAGAAUUUGGUUUGGAGUUUUGUCAAAAAUUAUUGUAAAGUUUUACUUUCUCAACCACUUGAAAUUGUUCGUUUGGUUUUACAAGUUGGAUAUUUCCCAGAACUUGAUAAUGUUAAACAAUCUAAAAAACGUGGGAAGGUAUAUUCUCGCUUACUUGAUGAAUCAACUGUAAUUGAUACAGAUGGAGAACCAGUAGAAUAUGAAUUGGAUGAAGAAGAGAUUGGUGAGGAUGAUGAUGAAGAUGAAGUGAUCAAUUAUUUUGAGACUCCAGGAGAGUCUUUGAUAAGACCCACUUCAACUACAAGCGCUAGUAAGAGAGUGUCUACUGUUAAGCAACUGAGAUCUAUUAAGAAGAAUCGUAGAAAGAUCCAUCCAAUUUCUAAACAUACCGUUGAUAUCAUGUCAUCUCUCGUUGCCAAAGAUGGACCAUUUGCUCUUUUCCGUGGUAUUAAUGCCGCUUUUAUACAUCAGACUUUGUCCCAUACAAUUGAAGCAUGGAUCACGGGAUUUAUAUCACCAUUUUUGGGAAUACCAGAUCCCUUUUUCUUGGAAUUAACUCGUCUGACUGAUCCUUGGAAAUCUCUUUGGUUAUCAGUACUGGCAUGUGUCUUAACUGGAUUGAUCUUAAUGCCAUUGGAUUUGAUUAAAAUUAGAUUGAUGAUCACUCAAUUUAAUAAAGGUCCAAGUACAAGUAGUAUUACUUCCAGUACCGCUACUAGUGAUGAUGAAGAUACUUCAAUAAGUCCUACUACUGAUUCUUCUAAUUAUCUGGGGAUUAAUACUAGAUCAAUUCGUGAUUCUAUUCGUAAUUAUCCAUUAUCAGUACUUUUACGUCCACCUCCAACAAUUACCAUGUUGACUAUCUUGUAUCAAUUUUCAACUACAAUUUUCCGUAAAACUGCACCAUACAUUCUUUAUAUUAAGUUUAAUGUUGAUUCAUAUCUGUCACCAAAACUUUACACUAUGGUUAAUUUAUUACUGUUGAUUAUGGAAUUCUUUGUCAAACUUCCAUUGGAAAAUCUUUUACGUAAGGAACAAGUUAGAUUCCUUGUGAAGGAUAAGGGAGUAUUUGAAGAUGAACAAAAAGUUGUCACUAUUGAAGAUCCAGAUAAAGAUUUAAUUGUAGAAUUUAAUGAUGGAUGGAAGGAUGAUGAAGAUCCUGAUUCGGUCAGUUUGAUUGAAAGAGUUAAAAGACUUGGACUUUUCAAUGGAUGGAGAGUUGGUGUUUUAAACGUUGUUGGAUUCUGGGGUUAUAACAUGAUCAAAAAUAAUGGGAUUGAUUUAACUGAAGAAAGACUUUAAAUGUAUGUAUGAAUAGAGCAAUAGAUGAUGAGUGAAUGUUA